AAUUCCCCAAAUGACUGGCGGUUAUAUCGUAUGGCAUUGGACUUUGGUUCGUCGGUUCAGUCUUGGAGCUUUUUGCCUUACCAUAUUGUAAAGCGUAUAUACAGUUAUUUAGGCGAUGAAGUUGUUUACGUUUCUACCGUAUGCAAACACUGGCGUGGGGUCGCAUACACCGAUAGAUCUGUAUGGAAGAAACUACAUAUAUGUCCUCCUAAUUUUCCAGAAGUUGAAGCUCUCAAGAAUCAGAUUAUCCCUAUGAAAAUUUGUAACGAGGUUUCGCUUGAAUUUGACCCAAGGAAUGAGUCUCAUGUUGCUGUUUUGGAAUACACACUGGGUGCUUUGUGUUCGAAUGCUGGAAUACAUUCCAUUUCCCUGCGACCGAAAUUAAAACUUUUAUACAAUAAUUCCUCUUUAAAUAUCUCGAACCGACUUUCAAAAAAAAUAAUAAAUGCAUUAUGUGAGGUCAUUAUGAAUGCUAAAUGUUUAAAAAAUUUUUAUUGGGGUGGGACUUAUUGUGGAAGUUAUGAAGUCAGUCGUGUAUUACAAUCAUUGACAAAAAAUCAAAAGCAUAAUUUAUUAUCAUUACAAAUUAUCAGAUUAUUUCAAAUUAAUCAAUCCAUGUCAUAUUUAAAUACAAGAUUAUUUAUAUUUUCCAACCUCAACCAAUUUUCUAUUAAUUACGUAAAUCUUUCGGAGGAUAUCCUUUUAAUUUUAUCGAGAAAUUCAAACCAUCUUCGUAUUUUAAAACUUUUUGUACAAAACAAUGUUCAAGAUCUUCCCAUAAUUCGAAAUCAAAUUUGGAGACAUGUGCAUGAAAUACUUCCUAAUUUGCGUGUGACUUUAUUCCUAAUUUGUGUAAACGAUCUCAAACAAUCAACAAUCCAUUCGAAUUCAAUCAAUCAACAAAUGUCUUUCAUACAAAAUACUACUCAAGAACUUGAUAAUCAAUUACCACUACCAUCAUCAUAUUCAUCGAUGUCACCAUCCCAUUCUGUCACUUCUACAUCCUCAUCGCCAACGUCUUCAUCUUCACCGCAUAUACCGGUGCAAUGUCGACUGGAAAAUGAACGUGAACAACAUUUAAGGGAGGAUCAUCAUCCAUAUGGUGAACAGAAUCAAAUUUAUCAAUUACUUUCAACCAAACUUUUGCCUUCUGCUUUGCCUUUAAAUUCAAUUUAUAUAUACUAUUGUAAACCAGAUCCAUUGUCUUAUCUUAUACAAUAUUUAAUGGAUACAUUUGCUAUGAGUUUAGAGCAUUUCUAUCUAAUUGAUACUUUCAAUAUAAUAUCUGUGAUGUCAAACAAUUCUAACGGUAUUUUACAUAAUAAUUCUCAUUAUACGGAAUAUACUACCAUUACUACUAGUAGUGAUGAUAAUAAUAAUAAUAAUAGUAAUGGCAAUAUCAUUAGAUUUAUUGCCAAUACACCAGCAACAAUUUCUUAUGAUGCUGUUAUUAAUUAUGAUAAUUACGACUGUGUUGACUCUGAUUAUCAGUCAAUGUUCAGUUCUUAUUCCUCACAUCAUUCAUUAUUACUGGAUAGUACAAGUGAUUUUGAUAUAUUGAGCUGUGAUUCUUCCUAUGAUUUAUUUGAUUAUGAAGACAAAAGUUGUAGUAAUAAUAAUUAUUACUCAGGUAAUUUUUUGCUGCCCGUUUCAACCAGUCUAUCUUUGACUUCAUCAUCUUCGUCUUUACCGGUACCGUCAGGGUCAUGUUUGUCUGGUGAUCAAAUACACCAAUCAUUGAUAGCACCAAUAUCACUUCAUAAGAUGGUUGGACAAAUUGAAUACUCGUCUAAUUCAGAAAUUAUAUUACCAAAAAAUGGGAAUGAUAGUUUGAGCAUAAUGAAAUCAACUGCAUGUGAGGAAAGUGCUAUCGAUAAGGGUGGUGGUAGUGAUACAAGCGUUGUAUCUCAUUCAGCUCUCAUUUCUACUCAUGAUAGUAUCAAUACAACUAAAACCAAUGUUAAUGAUUAUUGUGAUUAUUUACCUUACGAUUGUAAUUAUUAUUCCAAUUUUUCCGAGGCUCCACAAUCAUCUACUUCAUCAAAUCUUGUUUUUUACUCACCGAAUUUGUAUAAAGCGCCUGAUGAUGUCAACCCUGAUCCGUUUGUUAUGUUAGCAUGGAGAUGUCAACAAUUGUCGCAUUUUACACUAAUUGGUAAUAAAAACUGUGAUAUCUACAGUCAAUUAAAUCAAAGGAUGUCACGUAAUGUCGGCUACAAAUGGAUACCAAUGGAAGAUUUAAACUUGCCCUCUGCUGUUUGGAAUCAUCAACCACCUGAUCCUACCGCGUGUUUUUAUGAAAUUCAAAAUUCCUGUGGUCUAGACAGUGUUGAUGAUUAG